UCUGUGUGGACAUGAUGAAAUGCUGUGGUUUGUCUCUGUGUUGAGGUGGAUCAGUGAUCCUGCAGAGUCCUGUCCUCCCUGUGAUGGAGGGACAUGAUGUCACUCUGCACUGUCAAACAAAGAGCCCUCCCUCCAAGCUCCCAGCUGAUUUCUAUAAAGAUGGCUCCCUCAUCAGGACUGAGCCUACAGGUCACAUGACCAUCCACCGUGUCACCAAGUCUGAUGAAGGAGCCUAUAAAUGCAGCAUCCAGGCUGGUGGAGAGUCUGCGUCCAGCUGGAUGCUGGUCUCAGAUAAACCAGCGUCCACAGUUCAGACCUCUGCAGCUGCUUCCUCCCUCUCUCCUCCUCCUCCUCCUCCUUCUUCUUUCUCUGUGUUUCUUAUCGUUAUCUCCGUCUUUGCUCUGCUGCUGCUGGUUUUACUGGUUCUACUGGUGAGACGCUGCCUCCAGAGGAAACCUGACGCUGAAGCAGAAGGUGGAGACCGUGACAUCACCUACAGUGACAUCACAGCCUUCCAUCGCCGGCUGCAGCCAGUCAGACCCAGCAGAGACUCUGAUCUGAGUCCAGUUUACUCAGCAGUGAGAAGAGACCACGUCGUUUAUGGACCAGUGAACAUCAGAGGCACCAAAUCACAGCCCAGAGAGCUUCGUUUGGACCCAGAGGUCGUCUACUCUUCUCUGAGCUCCAACCACUGACCUCGGCUGAGACUGGACCAUCAGAUGAUGCUUCACUGGGUCAGAACCUCACAGCACCAGGACUCCUGCCAGUGAUCCGGUUUCUCUGGGGCGCGAUCUUUGGUCUCGCUUGAUGUUUUUCUCAUGUGGUUCUGUGGGUUUCAUUUAGUUGCAGAUGGAAAAUGUGACGUGUUGGGUUUUGGUUGUGGCAAACUGAGCCUCGCUGUCCUGAGACUUCACACAACAACACCGAGUGAAGCUUCACAGAACACUUUGUCUUUACACAUGUCACCUGUAACUUAUAGUGAAGGAAAGACUGGAAUCAUCAUCACUGAGCACAGAGACGACAGAUGACUCGUCAGAACCCGGGUCAGAACUCGGGUCAGACACGGCCACGCUCACGUCUGCUGUUAAAACAUAUGAACCUUCAGUGUCAGUCGCAUGAAGAACCUCAUCAGUUCAUCCACAGCAGCAGCUCCGCACAUUCUUCUCAGUCUGACUUUGUGUUUCACUGUGACUUCAGUAAGAAACGCAUUCAGCUAAAACCAACCAUCACCUUGUAUGAGCACGAUCAACAUCUGCAUUGAAUGAGGCUGUACAGAUGUUUAAGUUUAGACACAAGGGCACAGUGCCUCCUAGUGUCACUGCUGUGAACUACGAGGGCGGUCCGAUAAACAAGUUUGGAAAAGUGGCGAUUUAGUUCUCAUUAAAGUCUCCUUUUAGUUCCAUACACUUGACCCAGCGAUGCUCCCACUUCUUUAACCCGCCAGAAAAAUACGUUUUUUGGAGGUCUGCAAAGUGGCGGCAAUGACUUCCUCGUUCGACUCAAAUUUCUGCCCGGCGAGUGAUUUUUUCAAGUUUAGAAACAAAAAGAAGUCGUAGCCCAAUUCCACCAAUCUGUCCAUGGCGAGGGCGCGUCGUCAUGCUGGAAGAGCACUGUUUUCUGCGCCAAAUGGGGCCGUUUUUCUGCAAUUCUGUGUCGAAUCGGCCCAAUAAUUCUAAUAGUAAAGUCCUGUGACCGAAUCCCAGAAAACGAACCAUCACCUUUCCUGUCGAUAGGACAGUCUUCGCCUUCUUCUGAGCACGUUCUCCGGAUGAAGUCCACUGUUUGGACUGUUCCUUGGUCUCUGGUCUGUACCAGUGGAUCCAUGUUUCGCCGACAGUCACAAAACGAUGCAAAAACUCAGUCGGACUGCGCUUAAACAGCGUCAAACACUGCUCUGACGUGGUCUCACGGUCGCGCUUGUUGUCGGAGUGAGCAGCUUUCUCAUGCCCAACAUUUCAUGCAGGAUACGACCCACGCGGUCUUUUCAGAUGCAGACUGUCUCAGCUCAUCUCACGCACCUUCAAUCGGCGGUCUGCCAACACAAGGCCGUGGAUUUUUGUCACGUUAACCUCCGCGUUAGCCGUUUUCGGGGCGCCUGGUCGUGGCUCAUCAAAAACCGAUGUGCGACCACCUUGAAAUUUGUUGAACCAAUUUUUGAUGGUCGUCAUCGAAGGAGUCACCGUACACAGCAUCACUCUUUGAUUUCACUGCGCGAUUUCCCUUCCAAAAACAAGAAUCGGAUCACCAACCGAUAAUGCUCUUUUUCCAUUUUUCUAAAAUCCACGGACACGCCCACUUCUACACGCUGUCAAAAUAAAAGUACAAGUCUGAUUCAGCUAAAGUUUCAACAGUAGCCGUCUAAGAGAAUGUACUACAUGAAAGUACAUUUUUUGAGAGUGGUGCCAUCGUGUGGUGAGGCUACGUACCUAUCGGACCACCCUCGUACCACUUCACUUCACUCACCCGUUGGUUACUUCUACUGUAGUUGAUUUAGAAGAUUUAACCUGUAAAUGAUUUCCUGUUUCACAUCAAAUAAUUUGUUAUUUCUUAAAAAUCAUUCAAAGGCUGAUUUUAUACAAUACUGGUCCUGUAGAUUUUUACCACCAUCAAAGCACAAAGAGUUUAAACAUCUUAACUAGUUAGAUUCAACUAACACAGUAAACAUUGUACAGUGGCUCCAAAUGUUUUUUUUCAUGUCCAAAAGUUCAACAAGCAGCAUGUAUUAAACUGAAUGUCGGAUUGUGAUGGACAGUUGCUAAAACAAACAAAUAAAGAUGCACCUUGGACAAACACAGCUAAAUGACUGGUAAAUAGGAUGGGGUACGACUAUUUACCCCUCAUGACCCCGUGGGUCAACGCGGUCGGUUCUGGACCUUCAUGCGGUUUAAGGAAUGGAACAAACCGAGCUGAGGUUGGGUCUCUGAUCCAUGAGCAUCCCAGCAGACACUCCAACAGUGAACCAUGGUUCACUCGUGUUUAUGGUUGAAUGACCGUUGGAUUAUGAGUUGAUUU